GCCCUUGCUCCGCGUCCGGCCCGCCUCGCCCCCGCGCGGCCUCUCCGCUUUCUCUCCCGCUUCGCUCCGGCCUCGCCGAGUCUGCAGCGGGGCUCCGGGAAGAUGGCGGCGCGGGGAGGCAGCGCGGGGGGCGCGGGCCUGGGAUCGGGACCUUCUGCUGGGACGGCGGGGGAGGCCGCGGAGCCCGCGCUGCGCUCGGGAGAGGUGGCCGCGCUGCACCCCCAGGAGGUGGCCGCGCGGUUGCAGCGGAUGCGGCGGGAGCUGAGCAACCGGCGGAAAAUCCUGGUGAAAAACCUGCCCCAGGACAGCAGCUCCCAGGAGGUUCACGAGUUACUGCAGGACUAUGAGCUAAAGUACUGCUAUGUGGACAGGAAUAAACGAACAGGUGAGCGUCGUUCCAGGCACUUCAUCUUCCUGUGA